AUGACCAGGAGGAGCAGCAGUGGUAGCUGCAGAAGAGGGAUGGCAGGGGGAAGCAGAGGUAAGACCCAGGCAGCAGCAUCCUUCUGCCAGGCCUGGGCACUCUGCCUGGCAGCAGUCACUCUCUCUCAGCUGGUGGAUGGGAGGGAAGCCACAAAGGACUGGACACAGGAGAAGUAUUCCCACCAAUCAAAUAUUUUAAAUUCUACCAGUAUCCAGCAAAUUGCAGCAAACACAAAUGUUUCUCUAAUGUGGCAAAGUGAUUUGUACCCUAUGCUGAUAGAGAGAUACUCAGGAUCACCAGGAAAUUAUGCUGUGCGUCAGCAUAUCAAGCACCGUCUUCAAAGAUUACAGGCUGGCUGGGUAAUUGAAGAAGAUACAUUUCAGAGAUACACACCCUAUGGAUAUCGAACCUUUUCAAAUAUCAUUAGCACUCUCGACUCCACUGCCAAACGCCAUCUGGUACUUGCUUGUCACUACGACUCAAAAUAUUUUGGCCCACAAUGGGAUGGCAGAGUGUUUGUGGGGGCCACAGACGCAGCUGUGCCCUGUGCUAUGCUGUUAGAGUUAGCACGCGCCCUGGACAGCCAGCUUCAUACAAUGGAGAACAGCUCCACCUCCAGACCAGAUCUUUCACUUCAGCUCAUUUUCUUUGACGGUGAAGAAGCCUUUGUUCAGUGGUCGCCUUUUGAUUCUCUCUAUGGAUCUCAACACCUAGCUCAGAAAAUGGCAUCUACACCACAUCCACCUGGUACCACUACCACAAGUCAGCUACAAGGCAUUGAUCUACUUAUGUUACUGGAUUUGAUUGGUGCACCAAACCCGACUUUUCCCAAUUAUUUUCCAAAAACUGCCCGGUGGUUUAACAGGCUUCAAGCAACUGAACGAAAGCUACAUGGGUUGGGUUUGCUAAAGAAUCACCCAUUUGAAAGGCAGUACUUCCAGGGUAACUCACAUCAAGGCAUGAUUGAGGAUGACCAUGUUCCAUUUUUAAUAAGAGGAGUUCCUGUGUUGCACCUGAUCCCAUCCCCUUUCCCUUCAGUAUGGCACACCAUGGAAGACACUGAAGAAAAUCUUGACAGAACCAUCACUGAUAAUCUCAACAAAAUCCUGCAAGUGUUUGUGCUGGAAUAUCUUAAUCUGUAAUAACAUACUGGCACUAAAUUACUGCUCUGUUUUAAAUACUGCUACCAACCCUCCGGGGAAGUUCUUCAUCAUCUCACUUGGAGCCAAGUGUGGUAGAAAGCGCUAAAGCAAAGGUGAUGCAGCAACAACUCCCUGCUCUCCCCACCUGCAUACUCCAGUGAAGUCAGAUAAAACAUAACCUCUAAACAAGAAUUACUGCCAGCCUAGAAAGAGCAAGGUCCUGCAUGUCUGAUGAGCAGAAGAGAGGGGAAUUACAUUUUUCAUUCACCCUGUUUUGUAGUCAGCACUUUAAAACUAAAUGGAAUCAGCCUCUGUCUAGUUUAGAAUUUAGCUACAGUUUUUUGCAAAGUAGAAGAAGUAAGCUUCUUAGAGUCCAGAGCAGGUUACCAUAGUCAGAGCAUGUUAUCAUCAUAAGAGGCCAGAUGACAAGAAAGCACAUGCUGCUCUCAGUGGGAGGCAUGCCUUUAAUUCCUGGUAGGCAGAGGGAACUCUGUCAGACCUUUAGGAAAUGGAUCACAUGCUCUGUAAAUAAAAGGUAGGCCAUGCUGAAGCAAGGGAAGAGCCAUGUCCUUUGUGUCCAAGAAGGUGCUAGCAGAACCCAUCAGACCACUUUAUUAUUGCAACCCAAAGUGAAAUCUGAAUGGAUCGCAUAUUAGUUGGCUACAUUUUUUUAAACUAAGGUUUUGUAUACAGGUUUAAAUAAAAUGCAACGAGAAUAAUCAUGCACAGACGCUGCGCUGCCGCCGCUCGCCAUACCCUCGCACUGCAUCUGGCCACUCACCAUCCCCAUCCUCUCCCCUUGCCCCUCAGUAGUACAUUUAUUAAAAAGGGGGCCGCCAGGGGUACACUUAUUAAAAAAAGGUUGAAAACCCCUGAUCUAAAGGGUUAUUAUCCAGUUUUGGCCAUAUCUUGGGCUGUGGUUCAAAAAGCUCACUUUUACACAGUCCAAUAUUUUUGUUAUUAUAAAAAAA